AUGCUGGGCGCACUCGGUCAGGCGCUGAAUAGCGUCCACUUCGGCUCUCACGAGCGCAAGGUGAAAGGGUAUCUCAAUGAAGCCACUCCAGGUCACCCUCGCCCCCAAAUAAGGGAGGUCCAGGAUCUCUGGACCAUAUUCGACGCCGUUUGUGUCGAAGACUCCUCCCACCAGCGAUGUAAGUUGACCCGCCAGAAAGAUCUUCUCUCGAAACUAAGGUGUAGCUUAGACUGGAACGUGACCAGUUUUCGGAAACAUAUAGAGAGAGAGCACCCGGAUGUGGUCUCCUCUGAGGCCGUGGUCCAACUGUUGUGGAGAUGUUUCCUCUACUUUGCCUAUCACCCAUUUCCCCGCGAUGUCACCAAUAGUGCUCAAGUCGAUUCGAGCGGCUUCCAACGCGCUGUUUCACUUCUAGCCGCCCAAGGGACUGAUAUCUUGGGCACCCAGGAGGAAGGGGAUUAUUUCUGGCGCCACGACGACGCUUUCUUCCACACAGCUGAUUACAAAAGAACCCUUAGAAGCAUUGGCCUUCCAGAUGAUAUAAACAACCAGCCCACAGAUUCAGGUCUGGAGGAGGACGUCAUGGAUGUUUUAGCUAUGACGCAGCCGCAAUCGGUGAGCUUGGCUCCAUCACCAGAUCAGCUAGGACCUGCAGCUCGAAAGCUGCUUGAUGAAGGUCCGACUCGGACUCAAUAUCGGGUGGCUCGCAGGGAUCUCUCAACUUUGUUGAGCUUGCUUCUACGGCUGAGGCUGUACAAAGCGAAAUGGGGUUCAUACUUCCAUUAUGGCACUUUCGACAGCGCCGAGCCUGGCGACGAAAAAUUGGCCAACAUCCUGGUCAAUGGACUGGGCGAGGUCCGUGAUGGAGAGAAUCUUACAUCCAAGCAACUUCUCAGGGCAAUGGAUCUGCUGGUAUGUAUGGAUAGAUGCAGCGGAGUAUCGGGGGCGUCUCUGACUUUUCAUAGCCAAACUUGA